CGCUCAGUGUAAAUUCAACGCCCGACUCGUUAAGUCGCAUCUCAUCAAAUCUCUUAGAAUCUCGCCGUAUCGCACAGACUUGAUAUUUGACUUUUUUUUUUUUUAUUAUUUCGCGGCUGCUGUUUAAUUAGCUGAAAGCGAAGAUGAAAUCUCUGAGUUUGCUGCUGCUGCUUAGCUUUGUUCUAACUGUUGUUUGGCUUGGCCAGAGCGAGGCCAACUUUUGCCCCUGCAACCUCAACGAAAAGGUUCAGAUCUGCGGCUCGAAUGGCAUUACCUAUACGAAUCGUUGUGAAUUUGAGUGUACACAGCGCGAGUACAAGGGACUGGGUCGUAAGCUCAGCAUACGCAAGAUGGGACCCUGCUAAGGUGGCGCCAGCAUCUACGGCUAUAUUUUCCUAAUCAGCGUGUAUAAAUCUAAUUAUAA